CAGUCUUUUUACUGGGUUUUGAUUCAUGUGCUUAUCAUUGUUAAGUGUCCGUUGGGGACAAAGUUAUAGCUGUUCGAGUGAGUUGACUGUCACUUUAUGCCCUACGUGUUUUUUUGUACUGUGCGUCAAUUUUGGGCCAUCUAAUUACUGUGUAAUGACUACUUUGACUAAGCUUGCAGGCACAUACUGAAUUUUUGAAUCCCACAUUCAUGUGACCAAAUAGUUUUCCAAAUAGUUUCGCUUGCACGUGCACUCUGUAAACUGCAGUACAAGCCAAUUUUUAAUCCCACAAGUCAUUACACGGUAAUUAGAUGGCCCAAGAGGUACAAUUAAAUUGUACAUUUGCUGGCCAACUCUAUACGAUAGUUAAGAACUUCAAAUGUCAUAGUAGAAAAUCUACUGUGUUCUACUGACUAGUUUUUGGAAUCAACCCAUGACAUUUAUGAUGAUUACAUGACCUCAGACCACUCAAUCCAUCCAUUCAGUCAUUUAAAAAUAAUUCAGUAGAACCUGGUACAUGGUGUACAAGCAAAAGUUCAUAACUUUGAAUUGAAGUUGAGAACUUUCAGUUGAAACUCUUGCUGGCGUUGUCUUCUACUAGGGAAGAAGAUUCCCAGCUUGGAGCUAGGUAUGCUGGCUGGGAUAUCUUCAAGAGGUGUUUCCAUAUCUGGUGGUGGCAGCAAUAUUGUAUCCAUGUGUUUGAUGAAGGCUGGGCUGUACUGGUGGUGCCGUACAAAUGAUGUACUAGGAAGGUCUUCUUUUUCCAAUACAUGGAAGUGGUUGCUGUGGAUGAGGUCUGUGGGGAUAUCUCCCAAUGCUGCUAUUUUGUCUGUACUAAGAGUAGCAGGGCUCAGAAAAAAUCUUAAUGUAAUAUUUAAAGAGGCACUAUGACCAGAACCAUGACUAUCCAGACUAGGGAGAAGAAAUGCUCCUAGCUGCUCAGACAGGCGGCAUCUCCCUCCGAAGGAGGUUUUCUGGAGGUAGAACUAGGUUCUAUGCAUACUGACAAGCCAAUUAAGGCAGGUCACUGGACUCAGGAUACAGAGAAAGAGUUGGUUCACAGUUUGGAUGGAUGGGAACCAUCCCAUGAUCAUUUUAAAGUGCACUGCCAAGCCAAAAGGCAAGUCAUACUAGUGAUCAUGGAAAAGAGUGUCAAGCACACUAUCAUACCAAUAAGGGCAAGUGACACACAGUUAGGAGCAAGGACACAGGUGUUGGAGUAGUCGUAGAAAAGAAAAAGAAGAGAAAGAUCAUCUGAGAAAGAAAAGCCAAAAUAAAAGGAAAACUGUCAUGAUUCUUUCAAUUAAGAAGGUCCUCAACAAACCAAAAGGGGCAGCUGUUUGUGAAUCCUCUUCUUCUUGGCAAAGAUGAUGACUGGGGAUAGAUUGAUAAGAUCUACUUACUGGGUUGGAUACUGGUGGGGGCUGGGGGUGUUGUUGUUGUUGUUGUUGUUGUCCAGCACAAGUGUCAGAAACAACAACAUCCUGACCAGAAACUGAUUCUGGUUCAAAGAACUGGGGUAGGAGAAGGAUGCUGAUAAUAGUAGCAUCAGCUUGGUGGAAUUGCUUUCAUAGGGGCUUGGAUUUGACCAGACUCCUCUUCCCAUGGAGAUGCUAGGAAGUCUUCUUUAAACUGAGUAUGAUGUGACACAUACUCCAAGCAUUGUUCUUCAAUGGAAAGGUCUUGGUUGAAUACUGGGGGCUGGAGUUGUUGUUGUUGCUGCUGUCCAACACAAAUGUCAGGAACAACAACAUCAAGACUGGAAUCUUCUUCCAGUCCAAAAGAAGUGGGGAUGGAUCCAGCUGAGACAAGCACCAGCUGGUGGGGUUACUGGGGAAACUGAUAUCAUCAUCAUCUUGAUUGGAUUGCUUUAAUAGGAGCUUGUUGUUGUUGUUGUUGUUGCUGUUGUUGUUGUUGUUGUUGUUGUUGCUGUUGUUGCUGUUGUUGCUGUUGUUGCUGUUGUUGUUGUUGUUGCUGUUGUUGUUGUUGUUGUUGUUGUUGUUGUUGUUGUCCAGCACUAAUGUCAGAAACAAUAUCAUCUUAAUUUGAAUCUUCUUCUGGUCCAAAAAUAAGACUGGAACUACAUGGAGAUACUGUGGAAUCUUCUUUAAACUGAGUAUGUUGCAUAUUCUCCAGGCAUUGUUCCAUUGAGGUCUUGGUUAAAUACUGGGGGCUGGGGCUGUUGUUGCUGCCCAACAAUAAUGUCAGAAACAACAACAUUGUGACUAAAAUCUUCUUCCUUUGGUUUCUGGCUUUGGUUCAGUACUAGUUGACUGGAUUUUGACUUGGGUGUGUUCUGUUUUGGCAUGAUGGUGGUAUUGUGGAGUGUAAGUGUUGGUCAUUGAUCAUUUUGUUGUUUUUAAGUCCAGGAGUCUUGUUUUGCUGUUGACUUUGACACCUGUGUUUGAAGAAGGUGAUUUCUGUAGGUUGCUACACGAUUUAGUAUUCAGUACCAGGUUCUCCUCUGGAAGUUUUGACAAAAUUUCCGGAAAAUGAUCUGCUCUUGAAACAGUUGAUGUACAAGUGCUCUGCAAGUGAGGAUUGGAGUAAUAAGUCAAUCAAUUCCAUGAUUGUUGUAAUGCUGAUGAUGGUUGAUGAGCUGAGAUAGGCAUCCUUUGUUGUUGCUCAUAACCUGCAAAUGUAGGAAUGCUCUUUAGUGUCAUAAAACAGAAGCUUUACAAUCAUGGUUGAGAUUAUGGCUCACUCACUAGCUCCUCUUGUUUUAACCUCAUAGUAGUAGUAACUGUUGAGCAGCACCAUUAUUACAUGUAUCCAUGAUACACACUUGGUGGUUACAGCAGGGGGUUACAAGAAACUAAUACUAGCAACACUUUUUAUUUUGCUGCUAAAGUACAUGGCUGCACCUUGAGCUGGUUACAAAGGGGGGCAUGGACUGAAUUUUGUAACCAGAGAUUGUAACCAAACCUUUACCUCUAGAGUGGCCCUUAUUUUCUACAUGAUAGUAGCACUAGCAGUCUGUUAACCUCAAUUGGUUUGGUUUGGUUACAAAAAAAGGGCUCAGUGUGCUUGUAACCCUUUGCACUUACCUUACUAACAGAUACAAACUACUAAUACUACUAGUCAUGCUGCUUUUUUGCCAAAAAAAUGAUUGGGAACUAAGUACAAAAGCACAUACCACUAGUCUAUUCAAUCAAAAUUAAAACUUGUUGUUUGCUUGCAACAGCAGCAGUACCAUAUCAGCAGCUCCCUCCACAUCAGUGACUUGUCUUGCAUCAGCAGCUCAUCUGUAUCAGGGACUUGUAUUGUUUCAGCACCAGCUUAAUUUUUUAAACUCAUGUUGCUAAAUGUUGCCAGUUCUUGCAAAUGCAAACCCCCCAAAAGGAAGAAGAUGUUUACUUUUUUGUCAAGUAUGAUUUGUACUGGUGUCUACAGAGGUUUAGCAAGACGAAGAGAGUAGAUCAGAUCUUACUCUGAAAAAAAAUAAUGGGAAGGUUAGGGCGUUUUUACAAAAAAGUUAAAAGGUCUUCAAUUUACAGUGGUACAAAAAUUUCCCACAAUAAUAACACAGACUUCAACAAAAGUGCAUUUCUAGUUCUAUAUUUCUGGUACACAUGUGAUGGACCAUGCAACACCACAGUUACAUGACAUAGUAUUCAAAGGAGUUUUGAAUGUUUGCAUUAGUGUCACCCAUGUCAUAGGUAACAUCUGGAGUGCUAAUAUUGUAUAGCAUGGGCCAAACGUUUCCAGAGGUGCCAAUUGUACAUUUUUUAUUCAGAUAUUCAGUCCUGAAUACCUUUCAAUAAUCAAUAACCCCCCACAUACAACUAGAAUCCUAUUUUCAAAUCCUUUUGAUUCAUGUGCCUAGUAUCAUGCUGAAGGGUCCAUUGGGGACCAAGUUAUAGCUGUUAGAUUGAGUUGAUGCAGCUUCUUACUAGUUAACUUUUUACAUGUUUUUCUACUGUGCAUCAAUUUUGGGUCAUCUUGUUACCAUGCAAUGACUGGUGGGAUUGAAAAAUUGACUUGUUCUACUGAUACAGCAAUAGCACAUGUUGAAGCAAAAAGCAUGUGCUGCGUGCAAAACUACUACUAUUUGUUCCCACCAAGACUGGUGGGAUUCAAAAAUUCAGCAUGUACCAGGCUGCUGUAAACUGCAGUAUAAGCCAGCUAUUGAGUCAAAGUAGUCAUUCUUACAUGCAAAAUAAGGGCCCAAAAGCUACAACUGUAUCGUAGAUUGUUGACUGGCCAAGCCAAUACAAUAGCAUUCAUAGUAGUGCUCCUCUCUAUGAAUACACAGUACUAAUAGUAGCACUACUAUUAUAGUACCCGUAGUAGUACUAGUAGUAGUACUAGUAGUAUUCUCCUCCCAGUUAUUCAAUGAUUUGUUGUUGUUGAAGCCAACUCAGCACAUUCAGGAGGAGGUGCUUUCCACCAGCAGAUGAUGGCGGCGGAGGUGGGAAGAACUCAAACAAUUCGUGUGACCGUGAUAUUCGAAAAAAUCGGGUUUAUCGUACCGUACAAUGUACCGGUAGGAAGAACAAUAUGAGAAAAUCGUGUGAAGAAAAUUGUCAUGCUUGUCGUCCGUCCUUCUUCAGGCUAUUUUCAAAAUUGUGUGUGUUCUUUUUCAUGAAGUACUAGUACGAUACCUAAAAUCUGACAUUAAACAAUGAAAUAAGAUGACGAAGUAUGGACGCUAGAGGACCAUCGAAAUUUGGUUAUUGGAUACAAAUGACUCUUCCGGACUAUUGUUUUCGUCCAAGUGGGGUUGGUCGAGAAAAAGCCUUUCAACUCUUAAUCACUUUUUGUUUCUAUCUCGGUCUUCGUAAUACUUUUUAUGAAACAGCUUUUUGAGAAAAGCCACUCUCACGCUUUUAGUCAUCCAAGAUUUAUUUGCUUCCAAAAUUUCGAAAACUGUUGGCACCGGAUGGCCUCUUCAAAAUUGUAGAUAUUCUAUGCAUCGCACUGUUUGACAUAUUUUAAUCGGCGGGAGCAUAAUAGCAGCAGUCUUAACCAUAUGAUAGAAAACUCGUCAGGGUUGAAAUCGAAGAGCUGAAACAUUAAUUUAUUGAGGGUAUUCAAUCGUUUCGGAAAGAUAUAUUUAAAUCAUGAUGGCCGCUUUAGCUCAAACGAUACACAAACACAACGGGUGUGUGGCAGGAGGUCCAGUACGAGACAGAAUUGACUUUCAUAGGCUUCGGUGCGAUGGACUAGAAGAAAUGGAUUCAUUUGAUGUGUACCACCAGAGAAAUCGUGACAGCAGUAGCCUGACCGAGACAGAUGAUGGCAAGUAUUGCAACGGACACACAAAAAUUAACAGACCUGUACACCACAUCGAAACCAAUGCUGCAGACACGGUUCCGAACUUAAAUAACGCCGGUGUGGUAAUGAUGGAAUCGUUUGACUAUGAUCUCGCGUUGGAUUACUUUUGGAGAUGUCUCAAUUUUCUGCAAGGCAACUGUGGACGUCCCUUCUCCUCAACCUUUCCCGUAUCAUCAGCCAGAUCGAUAACAGUAUCACAAGUUUCAAAAUCCAAAUCAAUUCUCAGAGAAUAUGACGAAGGCAUGUCGGAUUGCCGCACUCCUGUCAAGAUGGAGGGCCAUUUGUUGGCAUUAGUCGAUAGUCUAGACAAAGCGACGUUGAUAGUACUAUUCAACAUGGGAAUACUUUGUCUGCGACUUGAUGUAGACUGGGAAGCGAAUGAAUGUUUCUCAAGAGCGUUGCCAAUAGCUCGGGCCGCGGGUCUCUCGAGUCCCGUGAGCAUCGUGUCGAUCCUCCGAAAUAUUGGAUGCAUUGGAUAUCGCAACGGUCAACUGGAGAAGGCAACAGAGGCGUUCAAGGAAGCUCUUCAAUACCGCGACAUAGUUGCCGAUAAAUUGGAAAUUGCAGCGAUACUGAACUCUGUUGGUCUAAUAUACUUCCAUUUACCGAAACCAAACACUGCACGGGCCUUAAGAUGCUAUGGGGAAGCUAUGAAGAUACGCAAACAUAGAUUGACUUCCAAUCACAAAGAUAUUGCUACGGUACUGAACAACAUUGGACGUGUUCAUUUCCUCAAGGAAGAAUAUCCCAGGGCCUUGGAGAAAUAUUUGGAUGCCCUGCGUAUUCGACGGAAAGUGCUGGGAACCGAUCACUUAGAUGUUGCUGCUACAGUAUAUAACGCUGGUCAAACUUAUCAUAAAAGGGGGGACUUGGAAAAGGCCUUACAGUACUAUCAAGAAUUCAUGCGGAUUGCUUCACCCAUACUAGGACAAUGUCAUCGCGACGUGGCUACUACACUCAAGUGGAUGGCACAGAUCUAUCAUGAACGAAGGGACUACAGCAGAGCAAUUUCUUUCUAUGAAGAUGCCUUAAAUGCAGGGCGAUCUGCCUUGGGUAUUCACCCCGAAGUUGCGUCAAUUUUGAACAAAAUGGGAAACUUACACUACGAGCGAGGUGACUUCAAAAAGGCUCUGAGCAAGUAUAAAGAAGGGUUGAACGUUGAACGAGCCGUGCUGCAUCAUCUUCACCCGAACAUAACGGUAACGCUGACGAAUAUUGGUCAGAUUGCAAAACAGACAGGCGAAUACCGCGCGGCCUUGGAAUUCUACAAGGAAGCGUUGGAUAUUCAAUCAAAAUCAUUCGGCAAGACACAUCCGGAUAUCGCCAUCACUCUCUCCAAUAUAGCUCUCAUUCAUUACCAAAACAAGUCUUACGCAAAAAGUCUUGAGAUUUAUCAAGACGCUCUUCGAAUCCGAAGAGAUGCGUUCGGAGAUUGCAAUCUCGACGUAGCUUCCUCCCUGAAUUCAAUUGGCCUUGUCCUUUUCAAGCUAGGGAUGCAUGACAUGUCGAUGCAGAGCUUUUUGGAAAGCCUGAAGACUCGCCGCUCCAUUCUUGGCAACGAACAUCGCGACAUCGCAAUCAUCUUGUAUAAUAUUGCCACAAUCCAUAUGGAACGUGGUGAGGACGACGAGGCCCUCAGAUGCUAUGAGCAAACUCUUAACAUAGAAAGAAUUGCUCUAGGCUCCGAUCAUGCUGAUCUCGUCUUGACCCUUCAGUACAUCGCGCAAGUUCACCAGCAAAACGGGAACUUUGAUCGAGCAGUAAACUAUUUCACAGAAGUUUUAAGGAUCCAACAAUUGGGCAUGCCUGCCAGCAAUCCUUCCAUCGUCGACACUCUGAGCAAUAUUGCUGCAAUUCAUAUGGAAAAUGGAUCUAUUUCCAAUAUGAUGAGUUCCAUGUCAGAGGCCACACGCAUGGCAAUCCGUUCAGGUCAAGAUGCGAGUGAGAUGAAAGUUAAUGGACUACGCUUCUAUGAUCUAGCAUUGAACUCGAAGAGUGCAGCAGCUGCGUAAUGAAGUACGGUUACACGGAUAUUUUUCAGCUUUUGUCAAAACCGUCAAGGAGACGAACUACUCUCAAUUUUAAAAUAUAAUAGAAUAGAAUCAGUUUA